GGUGUCAUCGACAUAAGAGAUGUCGUUUCUAGUCUAUCUCUUUCUAUUUCUAUAUUUAUAUAUGGAAAGUUAAAGUUAAAAAAUCAUCAUAUAAUAAUCCAGAAAUUGCAAUACAAACGAAAAAGGGAGGUUUGUGAUGAUUUUUCAAUCUUUUCUACUAGGUAAUCUAGUAUCCUUAGGCAUGAAGAUAAUCAAUUCGGUCGUUGUGGUCGGACUCUAUUAUGGAUUUCUGACCACAUUCUCCAUAGGGCCCUCUUAUCUCUUCCUUCUCCGAUCUCAGGUUAUGGAAGAAGGAGAAGAAGGAACCGAGAAGAAGGUAUCAGCAACAACUGGUUUUAUUAUGGGACAGCUCAUGAUGUUCAUAUCGAUCUAUUAUACGCCUCUGCAUCUAGCAUUGGGUAGACCUCAUACAAUAACUGUCCUAGCUCUACCCUAUCUUUUGUUUCAUUUCUUCUGGAACAAUCACAAACACUUUUUUGAUUAUGGAUCUACUAGCAGAAAUUCAAUGCGUAAUCUCAGCAUUCAAUGUGUAUUCCUGAAUAAUCUCAUUUUUCAAUUAUUCAACUAUUUCAUUUUACCAAGUUCAACGUUAGCCAGAUUAGUCAACAUUUAUAUGUUUCGAUGCAACAACAAGAUGUUAUUUGUAACAAGUAGUUUUGUUGGUUGGUUAAUUGGUCACAUUUUAUUCAUGAAAUGGGUUGGAUUGGUAUUAGUCUGGAUACAGCAAAAUCAUUCUAUUCGAUCUAAUAAGUACCUUGUGUCAGAAUUGAGAAAUUCUAUGGCUCGAAUCUUUAGUAUUCUCUUCUUUAUUACCUGUGUCUACUAUUUAGGCAGAAUGCCGUCACCUAUUUUUACUAAAAAACUGAAAGAAACCCCAGAAACGAAAGAAAGUGAGGAAGAAACAGAACAGGAAGAAGAGGGAUUCACCGAAGAAGAUCCUUCUCCUUCCCUUUUUUCGGAAGAAAAGGAGGAUCCGGACAAAAUCCAAAUCGAUGAAAUGGAAAAGAUCCGAGUGAAUGGAAAGGACAAAACAAAGGAUGAAUUCCACUUGCACUUAAAAGAAGCAUGCUAUAAAAAUAGCCCAACUUCGUUAGAAAUACUUAAAGAAGAAAAGAAAAACUUCUUCGGGUUUGAAAAAUCCCUUCUUUUUCUUCUUUUCGACUAUAAACGUUGGAAUCGUCCAACGCGAUAUAUAAAAAACAAUCGAUUUGAAAAUGCGGUAAGAAAUGAAAUGUCACAAUAUUUUUUUUAUACAUGUCAAAAUGAUGGAAAACAAAGAAUUUCUUUUACAUAUCCACCCAGUUUAUCAAUUUUCUGGGAAAUGAUACAAAGAAAGAUUUCUUUGGAUACAACAGAAAAAUUCUUAUAUGAUGAUGAACUAUCCAAUAAUUGGAUUUCUACAAAUGAACAAAAAAGAAACAGUUUAAGCAAUGAAUUAAAUAAUAGAAUUACGGUUCUAGACAAAGACAUUUUUUAUAUAGAUGUACUCGAUAAAAAAACAAGAUUAUGCUUAGAAAACAAAAUAGUAAAUUAAUAAAAAAAUGGAUACAUAGAAUAAAUACCAAAAAAGAUACGAGGAGAUUCGACCCCCUCCUACAUACUUAAUACCCUCCCCUACAAAAAAACUGGUAACACCAAAACCAUUCGGAAUCCCAUCAAUUAUUCGUCUAUCAAAAGCAGAAAUUAGUUCAGCUAAAGCUCUUACACCCUUAAUUAAGAAUAUUUCAUAAAAAGCAUCUAUAUAACCGCGGUUAGCAGACCAAUUAUAUAUUAUAUUUAAUAUUUUGUCCCCAAAAACUCUCUUUUGACCUUUUUUAUCAAAUGAAUUGAUUAAGUCAAAACUUUUUAACGAUGAAUAAAUGGGUUUAUACAAAAGGAAGGCUAUAAAUAUUCCUAAAUAGGCUAUACUCACCGAAAAAGUUGCAUUUAUCACAAAAUCAUACCAAUCUACGGAAUCAUUCGAAUUUGAAUGUAAAAGAUUUAUAGAUGGAUUUAACCAUUUAGUUAAUAUAUCCAAAUCCAUUUCUUCUUUAUUAAAUGGAAUUCCUAUGAAUCCAAUAAAAAAAGUAAACAGAAUCAAUACAAUCAGAGGAAAUAACAUAGUAUUGUCCGAUUCAUGAGGAUAUAAAGAAAUAUUCUUAUUGGCAAAAUCAGUAAUAGUAAGAAAAGGUCGCAUCAUUUUUCGGAAAUUUCUAUCAAUUUGAUAUGGUUUUUUCGAAAAGAAAUGAGUCUUUUCUUUAUUAUUCAGUGUUAAUAAGGUUAAUAAAGGAAAUUUUGGAUUAAUGCUUUUUAAUUCUUUUUUACCCCAUAAAGAUAUUGAAUAAAACGAACUACUUUUUUUUCCACUGUAAUUUUUAAAAAAAAGGUUUAAAUGGCCUUCAAACGUAAGUAAAUAGAUUCGAAACAUAUAAAAGGCGGUUAAUCCAGCUGUGAAAUAAGCUAUUAUUGCAAAAAUUGGCGAAUAGAUCCAACUAUCAUUAAGAAUUUCAUCUUUGGACCAAAAACAAGCAAGCGGUGGAAUACCACAAAGAGAAAGUGUACCUAUUAAAAAAGCAUUUUUUGUAAUUGGCACAUGUUUUGUUAACCCCCCCAUAAGAAUCAUAUUCUGACUUUUAUCCGGAGAAUAUCCAACAAUAGUUUCCAUUGAAUGAAUAAUAGAUCCGGACCCUAAAAACAAUAAUGCUUUUGAAUAAGCAUGAGUAAUCAAAUGAAAUAAAGCCGCUCGAUAAGAACCCAUACCUAGAGCUAACAUCAUAUAACCCAAUUGAGACAUUGUAGAAUAAGCUAAACUUCGCUUAAUGUCUUUUUGAGCAAGAGCUAAAGUCGCGCCUAAAAGUACUGUUAUUAUACCUAUAAAAGAUAUUCCAUACAUUAUGUAAGGUAUAACUAUGAAAAGAGGAAGCAGUCGAGCGACUAGAAAAAUUCCCGCUGCUACCAUGGUAGCAGCAUGUAUAAGAGCUGAAAUAGGGGUAGGUCCCUCCAUAGCAUCGGGUAACCAUACAUGAAGGGGAAAUUGGGCAGAUUUAGCAAUUGCACCAGCAAAUAAUAAGAAAGCACAUAAAAUACAAAAUAAGGAAUUGACCUGAUUAGCAUUAAUUAAGUUAUUGAAUAUUUCAAACAAAUCCCGAAAUUCGAAACUACCUGUUAUCCAAUAAAGACCUAAAAUUCCUAAUAAUAAACCAAAAUCUCCUACACGAUUAGUCACAAACGCUUUUUGACAAGCAUUUGCGGCAAUAGGCCUUGUGAACCAAAAACCUAUUAAUAGAUAUGAACACAUUCCAACUAAUUCCCAAAAAAUAUAAAUUUGUAUCAAAUUUGAACUAGUAACUAAACCCAACAUCGACGUAUUGAAAAAACUCAUAUACGCAAAAAAUCGCAAAUAUCCCUGAUCAUGAGACAUAUAAUUAUCACUAUAAAUAAGAACCAGAAUUGCAACAGUAGUAAUUAACAUUGACAUAAUAGAAGUAAGUGGAUCGAGCAAGUAGCCAAAUUCUAAAGAAAAAUCAUUAUUAAUGGUCCAAGACCAGACAUAUUGGUAAAUAAAAUUACUAUUUAUUUGCUGAAUAGACAGAUUCAUCGAAAAAACCAUAACUAUACUUAACAACGAAAUACUCGAAAAAGCCCAUAUCCGUCGAAGAUUUUUUGUUGCUAUCGGAAAAAAGAAAAGUCCAGCUCCUAUUAACAAAGGAACUGGAAGUGGAAGUAAGGGUAUGAUCCAUGCAUAUUGGUAUAUAUGUUCCAUAAUAGAAUAGAAAAUUUUUAUAUUUUAUUUUUUUGUAUUUAAUUAAUAUUUAUUUUUUUGUUUACGAUUCAUAGGCUCUUGCCUCUUUUGAAAGAAAUCAAUAAAAAAAUUAAGAUAUCUAAUAACUUAAAUCGAAAUAGAAUUUUUUUUUGUUUUUUUCAAGUCGAUAUCAAAUAUUAAUAUUGAUGUGGAAGUAUUUUUUUAAUAUUCAAACCACGAAAUUAUAAUUGGUCAAAUUCAAAUAAUGUAUUUGUUAGUAAAAGUGAAUACGUAAGAAUAAAUGCAAAAUAUUGCAUAGGAAGAUAAAACAAAUUCCACUUUCAUUUCGAUUUAAGUUAUUUCGAAAAUAUAUUCAGAAUUUCAGAAUUAAAGGCUAAACAAAAUCUUAAAAUCUAUUAAAAGAUCUAAUAAAGUCAAUAAUGAUAAAAAAAAUGAAAUAUUUUUAAUAAUUUAUUUUGUAGGUUAUUCACAAUUAAUAACUUAUUUUAUGCAAAAUGAUUUGAUUGUCUUCUAUUCCAAACAAAAACAUAGAAAAACUUCUAUUUUUUUAGUUAUCGAUUUUUUAUAUCGGUUACUUUAACUUUACUUUCUAGUUUCUAUAACAUAGAAUAAAAAAAUGCCUAAAAUCUUGGAUCUUUUAAACAAAUUCAUUUAUUGAGAUCAUUUCAAUUUGAAAAUAAAAACUUCGAUAUAUUUUCAAAAAUGAAUUUAAGUUUUUCAAUUUAAAUCUAAUUUAAAGGUUGGGUUAUUAAAGUUUUCAAUGUGAUUUGCUACAUACAUGGAAAUUAAAUGUAACACAGCAAAAAGAAAUAGAAGAAAAAUAUAGAAAAUAUAUUUCUAGUUUAUAGUUAUAUUAUGUUUUUCCAUUUUCAAAAAUUGAAUAAUAGAGGGUAUCGUCUAGAAUCUAAAUACAUAGAUAAUUAAUAGAAAACAAAGAUUCGUUUGAACACUAGAUGUCUUUCACAUCCAAAA